GACAUGCUAGACCUCUACCUGGCCAGGGAUCUAACUCAGAAGGGAGACCAUAUCCAACACUGGUUGUUGAAGUUGGCAACAGUGAGUCUGUUCCUAGUUUACAUGAUCUCUCGACAGAUGGCACAAGGGCAAUGCUUGCACUGCACUACCUACAUACAAAUCAAAUUAAUAUGGUGCCAGACAUCAUCAUAUCUUUUGGUACAGCACCUCUCCAUCCUAAUACAAUAGGAUUUCUUAUAAAUAUUGGUGUUCCACUUGCUAACAUUGUUGGUGUCAGGUUUUCAGCAACUGCAUGCAAUACCUCUGGAAUUCCGAUUUAUCAAUUACAUAUUCCUGCCAUUGAACUUUUUAAUGGUGCCUUUGGAGGCAUCCCUGCUGGGGCAGUUAAUGGGUUUUAUUUGGAUUUAUGGGAAUUACAAAAUAUAGUAUUGAAUGAUUUUUAG